UGGGACCGCUUCUCAGUUGACUAGUAGACGCGUCGCAAUCGCGCUGGUUUUGCGAACCUGUUUGAAUAACGUAACGCAAGAGAUUGAUGGACAGUGUAAACUUUGAAUAUUGCAGAUUCGAGAUGGAUGUCGAAAUGUGAUGUUCUGAGGUAUCCACAAAAAGGCCUUCGAGUUCCAGGACUGUAUCAUUGUACAGAAAAAGACUGCAACAUUCAACCGCAACAAUGUAUUUACAACUAUUUGCUGAUUUUCUCAGCGUCAUCACGAUACUGAUGUGUUUAGUGCAGAAGAUUCCGCAAAUAAUGAAUUUAUAUAAGCUAAAGUCGGCUGCAGGAAUCUCGCUUCUAGGAUUGGCCUUGGAACUUACAAGCUACACAGUGAUGACCAGUUACAAUUAUACGAACGAAUAUUCAUUCCUGUCGUAUUUGGAGUAUCCGGUUCUGCUGCUACAGGACCUCAUUAUCAUAUACCUGGUGCUAUUGUAUUUGGAUCUCCUGAACGCGAGCUCAUUUUUGCUGGCUGUUCUAUACUUCUUCAUUUUCGGCUGUUUUUUGCUCCAAAUUGUACCCAAGACUGCCUUAACGAUUCUAGCGCCGAUGUGUACGCCGAUUUCGGCUUCCAGUAAAAUAGCGCAAUUGGCAGCGAUCUUGCGGGCGAAAAAUAGCGAAUCAAUCUCUGUCCUAACCUGGGUUAUUUCAACAUUGACUAACCUGACAAGGGUUUUUACCAUAUGGAUGGACUCGGCCGAUCUUCUUUUGUUGAGCAACUUCAUCAUCUCCGUAUCGCUAAGCGGCAGCAUUAUGCUCUCUGCUAUUUAUUACAGGCGACCAGUUAUAAAGCAAGAUUGAUUUAUUUUUAACUUUGAAUAUUAUACUAACUGUGAUAAUAAACCGACUCACAGUUGUAAGACUCGCCGAUUGCAACGUGCGACUAGAAGUAUAAUUUCUAUCCUUAACAUACGAAUGUGUAUUCGUUUUACGAAAACGUA